CAGGCCCGCCAGUGGGAAUACUUUGAGGGGAGCUGCUAUUACUUCUCGCUCAGCAGGAUGAGUUGGCACAAAGCGAAGGCGGAGUGCGAGGAGAUGCGCUCCCACCUCAUCAUCAUCGACAGCUACGCCAAGCAGGUACGAAAAACACCCCAAAAAUACCCCCAAAAAUACCCCAAAACAGGCCAUACAAAACCCCAUUUCUCCACCCAAAUCAGCCCUUGGGGCCAUAUGGGGCCAUACAAAACCCCAUUUCGCCACCCAAAUCAGCCCAUGAGUCCAUAUGGGGCCAUACAAAACCCCAUUUCCUCACCCAGGUUCUGGAAGGAGGGCGAACCCAACAACAGGGGCUUCAACGAGGACUGCGCCCACGUCUGGACCUCGGGGCAGUGGAACGACGUUUACUGCACCUUCGAGUGCUACUACGUGUGUGAGAAACCCCUCCCCAAGUGAGGAGCCCCAAAAAGUUCCUUUUUUGCCUUAAUUUAUACUCUGGGCCCAUCGCCUGCGGCUUCCCAGGAGGGGUCUGGGAUGGAGCUGAGCUGAUCGGAGGGGAGAGGGUGAAUAAAGCAGGGCUGUUGUUCCAGA